CUCCAGGCGGCGGACAUCCACUAAAAACUACGCAGGAAAGCUAUUAGAUGAGUAUAUCUCCCGUGAAAGAAUAAAAUUAAUCAUUAAAAUAAAAACAUACAAUUCGACACUAGAUGGCGAUGCGCAAUUUAGAGUCGUUGCUGUUAUCUUGUAGAAGAAGACGUUGCCAAGCUACAAGGCGGUCGCUUUCCUCGAUGGAAACGCUUGAGAGAUUGGACUGCGUCUGAAUUGAAUUCAAAUUUCGAACACGGUAUUUCCCAAUGGAUCGAGUUAGCCGUGCCAAAGGCACCAGAAUCCUCAGGAACCAACCGUACGACGAGAGUCUGGAGGUCGUCGACUCCGAGGAAGUCGCGAGUGUGUACAGCCCGACUCCCCACAGCCAGCGCCAGUCUGAUUCCAGGAGGACCAGAAAUGGGCGCGGGCUGAUGUCGGCCAACAGCAGCAGUGAUGAAGCUGAAGACAACCAGCAUCAAAGGAACAAAGAGCCAGGAAACCUGCAGCGUGGGGUGACCCCCGACGAGGAUGAAGACGAAGAGGAGGAUUCCGAUGAUGAUGACACUGAUGACGAUGAUGACGACGACGAUGAUGCCGAUGGCUGUGAUCCUCCUGAAGGGGCAUACGAUCCUGCUGACUAUGCAAAUUUGCCUGUCAGCACUGAGAUUAAAGAACUGUUCCAGUACAUCACUAGAUAUACUCCUCAGUCAGUCGAAUUGGAACACAGUUUAAAACCGUUCAUUCCAGACUUCAUUCCAGCAGUGGGAGACAUAGACGCCUUCCUGAAGGUGCCAAGACCUGAUGGUAAAUCAGAUGGUUUGGGUCUGCUGGUUCUUGAUGAACCCAGUGUGAAACAGUCUGACCCCACGGUGAUGUCACUUUGGCUGUCAGAGGAAACCAAACAACAUGGUGCCGCUGAGAUGAAAAAGGUGACGAGUGUCUCCGCACCUCUGUCCAACCCUCGUCAAAUUGACAACUGGGUUGACAGCAUUGCUGCGCUCCAUCGUUCUAAGCCCCCAGCAAGUGUCCAGUACGUGCGCCCAAUGCCUGACAUUGACAGCCUGAUGCAGGAGUGGCCUGCCGAGCUGGAGGAGCUUUUAGGACAGGUGGCGCUCCCACCAGCCCGUCUCAAUUGCAGCUUGACUGAGUACUCUGACAUUGUGUGUGGCCUCCUGGACAUCCCAGUACACGGCAGCAGGAUCCAAGCACUGCACUUACUCUUCAGCCUCUACCUGGAGUUCAGGGACUCGCAGCACUUCACACGGAGGGCACAGUGACAUCUAAUCUAAUUUUUCCAUUAUUAAUCGACCAGCAUUUAUUAAAUAUGUUUAACCAAUAAUGUACCCUUUGUGUAUUUUCUAAAAGGGCUGCUAAUGUUUUCUCUAGUGUAGUUGCAAAAUGAUUAUUG